AUGCAUAGAAAGGAAUGUACCGUGAGCGGUGCUCUGGGCUGGGCGCUCCGUCUGUCCCAGAUGACGGGUUUAUCUCCGAUACGGCUUAUGUCGCACACUGGUGGGUUAACUGUCCGAUAUUCGCCUCAGCGGGAUAACAUCGGACGCGUAUUAUACGGCAGCCUCGGCGUGAUCGUCGAGAGGAACAGCGUCCGUAUAGCAAUUCAUGCACUUUGGUGCACUCUCCAUUCCCUAAAUAUGCUAAUACUGGUGGAGCCUUGUCAUCGAACAUAUACCGAGAUGCAAAUGACACAAACAUACGUAACUCGAAUUAUGUAUUGUAAUGCGCCUAUGGGCGGGUCAAGUCCACUGGGCAAUGAACUGGAGAUGUUCUUCCGUCUGGUCGUUUCUAACAAUCCCUCGUAUUCACCUCUUCAAGUGUAUACAUUUGAUCGGUUGUUUUUAGUAAAGAUGAUCGCGGGUAUUGUCUCUUACUUAGUUAUCGCAUUGCAAUUUGAAGUGAAAGGA